AUGUACAUAAAACAGGUUAUAAUUGAAGGGUUUAAGAGUUACAGAGAGCAAAUUGCUACGGAACCUUUCAGUGCAAAAGUUAGCUGUGUCGUUGGUGCUAAUGGAUCUGGCAAAUCAAACUUUUUCCACGCUAUCCGUUUCGUAAUAAGCGACCUCUUUCAUAACCUGCGCAGUGAAGAAAGACACGCUUUGCUCCAUGAAGGAGCAGGACAUCAAGUGUUAUCUGCCUUUGUGGAGAUUGUGUUUGAUAACUCUGACAAUCGUAUCCCGGUUGAUAAGGAGGAAGUUCGUUUGCGGAGAACAAUUGGCCUUAAAAAGGAUGAGUAUUUCCUGGAUGGAAAGCACAUCACGAAAACAGAAGUUAUGAAUUUACUGGAAAGUGCUGGGUUUUCUCGCUCCAAUCCUUACUAUGUUGUGCAGCAGGGGAAAAUAGCUUCACUGACAUUGAUGAAGGAUUCAGAACGAUUGGAUCUGCUUAAAGAAAUUGGCGGGACACGAGUUUAUGAGGAGAGACGUCGUGAAAGUUUGAAAAUUAUGCAAGAAACAGGUAAUAAGAGAAAGCAAAUCAUUCAAGUUGUGCAAUACUUGGAUGAGAGAUUGAGAGAACUGGAUGAAGAGAAGGAGGAACUGAAAAAAUAUCAGAUGCUUGACAAGCAGCGUAAAUCUCUUGAAUACACCAUUUAUGACAAAGAACUUCAUGAUGCACGGCAGAAAUUAAUGGAGGUCAGUUAUGUUAAGUGCUUAUGA